AUAAUCCCAGCACAGUUCAUAAUGGCCAGUAUGCAGGGAUUAGCCACAGCAACCUUGUGUGCAAAAUAACAUUACUUUUGAUUGCAUUCUCUUUCUCAGUACAAAAUCUCUCCGUUUAUGAAUUAGGAUUAGAUCCGAUCUUGCUGGGUAUGCGAGCAGUGUUGGCUAUAGGUGUCUUUUUAAUGCCGUUAUUUAGCUUGUGUUCUAUUUAGGAGCUGACAUUUAUCUACGGAGAUUGUGUAGAGCCGUGUGACAGCCGUCUGGCCUCUCCAACUAUACACAGAUACCAAAAUAGGAGUCUAAAUGGAGGAGCCAUCUGUCUUCUCCGUCAGAAAGAGGGAGAGCGCGCGCACGCACGCACGAGAGAGAGACAUGCUGUGGAGCUCAGUCCAUGCAUCACAUCAUGCUUUUUAAAUCUCUUUUAAUCUAAGAAGACGAUCCGUGUCAAUUCACUAGUCCACUUCAGUUACGUCGAAAUCAUGUCGUCCCAGGAUGCAGAAAGUUACACAUAUGAAUUUUGUGAUGAAGCUCAUCCAUCAGAAACCCUGGGAGCUCUUUGGGAGUUCUACGCUUGUGGCCUUUUUGCAGACAUCACGCUCCAGUGUUGUUCAGGACAGACAUUUCACUGCCACAAGGCCUUGCUUUCGGCUCGUAGUGCGUACUUUAAAGUCAUGUUCACCUCGGAUAUGAGAGAACGUUCGAAUGUCGUCAUCAACCUGGCUGGCAUAGAUGGAGAGAUUCUGAGCGCUUUGGUCAACUACGUCUAUACGUCCAAAUUGAGCAUCACCCAAGCUAAUGUGCAAAGCCUCCUGGAAGCAGCUGACCUUCUUCAGUUCAGCUCAGUAAAGGCGGCAUGUGAAGAAUUCAUGAUGCGGUUCUUGGAUGUUGAUAAUUGCCUCGGGAUGCAUGCUUUUGGCGAGUUUCAUGUCUGCCCCAUGCUGGAGCGUGAAGCACUGAGGAUUAUACUUAGCAGAUUUGAAGAGCUAAUAUGUCAAGAAGAGUUUUGGGGACUUGACUUCAAAAAGCUUGUUACUAUUCUGUCUGCCGAGAAUGUUAACGUCCGGAAGGAGGAGACUCUUUUAGACGCAGUUGUGAAGUGGGUGACUUUUGACCUAGAUUCUCGUAAAGGAAACAUUCUGGAUCUACUGCACUGCAUUCAGCUUGAGGUGGAUGACAUGUACCUCAUGACGGCUUUGGACUUGCACAGAAAAUGUAAUGAACACAAGAUACGAGCUAUCAUCAAGCAGUCUAUGAAACCAAGUGGAACUUAUGCAACUAGUAAGAAUCUCACAUCAAGAAUGUACAUCAUAGGUGGAUAUUACUGGCACCCGUUGUCAGAAAUUCACAUAUGGGACCCUAUUUUCAACACGUGGGUCCAAGGGAAAGACAUGCCUGACUACACAAGAGAGAGUUAUAGUGUUUCACUCCUGGGUUCUAACAUCUACGUGACAGGAGGAUACAGGACAGAGACAGUGGAUGCACUGGAUACAGUUUGGAUUUACAACUUUGACUCAGAAGAGUGGACAGAGGGAUGCUCUAUGAUCACUGCUAGAUAUUACCACUGCUCUGUACCUUUACAUGGAUGUAUAUACGCCAUUGGCGGGUAUACAGGAGGUGCCCCAACUCAGGAGACUGAAUAUUAUGAUCCAUUAAAAAAGAAAUGGUUUCCUGUGGCAGAUAUGAUACAAGGUGUUGGAAAUGCUACUGCAUGUGUGGUGCAAGACAGAAUCUAUGUGACCGGAGGUCAUUAUGGAUACAGAGGGAGCUGCACGUAUGAGAAAGUACAAACUUACAGAGCCGACAUCAAUGAGUGGAGCAUUACAACAAUAAGUCCACAUCCAGAGUAUGGACUUUGCUCAGUGUCCCUGAACAACAAGCUUUACUUGGUAGGUGGUCAGAGCACCAUCACAGACUGCUACGACCCAGAGAGGGAUGAAUGGACGCAGAUAGCCAUGAUGAAGGAGAGAAGAAUGGAGUGUGGAGCUGCAGUAAUAAACGGCUGCAUCUACGUGACUGGUGGCUAUUCCUACUCCAAGGGCACAUACUUGGAGAGUAUAGAGCGAUACGACCCUGAACUGGACAGUUGGGAGAUAAUAGGGAACCUACCUAGUGCGACUCGCUCACAUGGCUGUAUCAGUGUGUUCUGUCUAUAGAGUUAUUGCUCAUGCCUUUAUGCCUAUGUUUAUUACAUUUAUAUUCAUGAUCCAUUUAAAAAAAAUUCUAUCAUGUAUGACUGGAAGUCAUAUUUGCAUAGUUUGUACUAAUUUUAUAUCAAAUGAGACAAUACAUGAGAUUGAAAAUUACAAUUUUUUAAAGAGAUGCAACAGAUAGAAAAAACACUAGUGUUGUCAGAUAUACAUUCCUACAAAAACUGACAUGCUUACCAGGAAAAGAAAAUUUGUCUGUUAGUUCUGCUGUUGAAAAUCUGAAAACAGAUUUAGACCUAAAAACCUGCUUUAGAAACCAUAAACUUAAUGACCCUAUAAUUCCUAACUCACUUAUAUUUUCCAAAAUAAUAAGUUUAAACCUAAGUGUGCCUAAGAGAUGUCCUUUACACCGGAUAAAAAUAAUUUGGUAUUCACUGACCCAAUAUAUUACUACUGUGAGUAAGGCAAGACCUGAGCAUUGUAAAAACACUUACAGAAUGAUGUUAAAAAUUAUUGAACAUUUUGCUUGAUCCUUUGGAAAUUAUUACCUUUUCCUGUGAAACUUGAGAUCAAGUGCCUGUACACAUAUUAACUGAGACUAUGUGAUUAUUUAAUGACUUCUUGUUUACAAAUCAUUUCACACA